CCUUCCGCGAUAAAGCGGCCAGCUCAGCCAGCCAGUAUCUUCUGUUUACCAAGCCGCGUGCUAGAUAAACCAGACCAGCGAUUUUGGUCAUUUAUUUGAUAUAAGUCUCAUCGCUGCCUGUGGGCGCGUUCAUUAAGUCGAGAAUAAUCGCACCAGAGUAAGGUUUUUGGGGUGCGUUGUGCUUAAAUACCGACGCGCUGUAGACUGGGUGAACCGGGGAAAAAUGCGCCAGCUGCUACUGCUGGCUGCACUAGUUGGCGGUGUGCUGUGUAUGACCGUCGAUUACAACAAGUACUACUAUUCGCGGCAGCCCGACCUGUUUCGUCUGCUGCGCAAGUAUCACCUGUGGCCGAGGAACGAGACGCUGAAGUUUGAGCGCCCGAGGCAGGAUUUAAACGUACCCAGUCCGUUCAUUUUCGGCGGCGAGAGUGUGGCUAUCGAAUCGUACCCCUAUCAGCUGUCGCUGCGCCUGGAGGGAACGCACAUCUGCGGUGCCUCGGUCAUAGCGGAACGAUGGGCACUGAGUGCGGCCCACUGUCUGGAUGAGGCGUUGUACCCGUCCGCUAUAACGUUUCGCGGUGGGACGCCGCAUCGGCUGGCGGGUGGUUACAUUUUCCAUGCCGAGUACUACCUGCUGCAUCCAAAGUUCGACCGACGCACGCUGGACUACGAUGUGUCCGUGACCCAUGUGCGGGAAAGCUUCUUCAUCGAUCCGAUACGGGCGGUAACGCUGGCCAACACCAACACGUACUAUCCGAUACCGUCGGCCGCGGUCGUGACGGGCUGGGGCUUGGCGGAUGCCGAUGGGUACGAGCCGCUGAUACUGCAAUCGCUGGAAAUCUACCUCCAGCAGAAGCAGUUCUGUUGGACCUCGACCAUCGAAGCUCUUACCGAUCGACAAAUCUGUGGCGGCAGUGGCGUUUACGGGAAGGAAACGUGCUACGGCGACAGUGGCGGACCGCUGGUAAUGAACGGCUACCAGGUCGGGAUAGUGUCGUGGGGCUCGGACAACUGUGCCGUAAACAUUCCGGGCAUCUACACCUCCCUUACGAACGAUGAGGUGCGUGCGUUUAUUAAGCUGAAUACGAACGUUUGCUGGUACGGGAACUGGCUGAUCGGGACGGUCGAGCCGCCGACGAUGCGGCCAUUGUACUCGGCGCUGGUGCCGGCAUCCAGGCGCACCUGCUUGGACAGCCAGAUGCUCUCCUCAACGCCAGCCAAGGCACCGGCAACGAACAGCGACAGCAGGAUGAAGGCCUUCAUGGUUAACUCGUACUGGGACACCGAAAGACCGAGAUCUUCAGCAAGUAAGAUGCGAGCGGUGUUCUUGUCCUUGGGCUUAGUGUGCCUAGCUGGGUUGGCGGUGGAUGGGCAGACGAGAAGCAGGAGCUUCUUCGAUUUCUUCUUCGACGUCGAGAACAGGCUGCAGAAUGGGCGCAUAGUCGGCGGCUCGACGGCCACGAUCGCCCGUUAUCCGUUCGUCGCGUCACUGCGACGAUUCUCGAACCACAUCUGCACCGCGUCGAUCAUUUCGACACUCCACGCUGCUACCGGGGCCCACUGUACCUACUCGUUCAAAUCCUUAUCCGGGGUGACCAUCUACGCGGGCAGCACGAGCCGCACGACCGGUGGCCGAGUGUUCGUUGUGACGGACAAUUUCAUCCACCCGAAGUAUGAUCCGGACACGUUCGAUUUCGAUGUGGCCGUGCUGCGCGUCAAGACACCGUUCACGCCGAACAUGAACAUUGCCUCCGUGCCGUUGGUGCCGGCCAACUACGCCGUGCCCGAUAAGGUGCAGCCCACCGUUGCGGGCUGGGGUCGCACAUCGACGGGCGGAACUCUCUCGCCGACGCUGCGUGCCGUAGCGAUCCCCGUCAUGGGUAACAUCCCGUGCCAGGAGCUGUGGAUUGAUACGGAUAUCACGGAUAAUAUGCUGUGCGCUGGUGCCAAGGGCAGAGACGCUUGCACGGGUGACAGUGGUGGGCCGCUGGUGGUGCCGACCACCAACUACUUCCAGCUGGUCGGUAUCGUGUCCUGGGGAUCGGCUGCGUGCGGUAGCGAAUAUCCGGGAGUGUACACCCGCAUGGCUUCACCCUCCAUUCAGAGCUUUUUAGCGCAGUACGUUUGAUGUCGUUGAUCGACGCCCGAGCGAUCGCCUCCGUUCGAUUGAACUAGAUGGUACGCAGAUUGUCGGCUGACCGUAUCACAACCGUGGGAAUGGCUGAAUGACAGAGCAGGGAACAGGGAAUUAGCACACACUGAACCGCCCGGAAAUAAACUGAACCUUUGAAUGAUAAAAAAGGAA